AUGAGGGCAGGUUCGUUGUGGGCCGACGAGCCCAAUUCUCCUUCUACCUCCGUCCCCCGCAUUCCCCAGCCCAAUCCCUCCAAGCACAGUGUUAGCAAUGUGUUUAGCUUGUUAGCUCGGAGAGAGGUGUCUCCUCAAACAAAGCAUUCGGCGAGGAAGCUAUGGGGGAAAGCUUCUAAGAGUCGGUCUGAUUCCGUUGGCGCAAGGUGUGAAGCGGCUAGAGAUGCUAGAAAUGGGCUUGUGUCAUGGGUGGAGGCAGAGUCACUCCAGCAUUUAUCUGCAAAGUAUUGUCCGCUUGUGCCUCCUCCGCGGUCAACUAUUGCAGCAGCCUUUAGCCCUGAUGGAAAGACACUCGCUUCGACUCACGGAGAUCAUACUGUAAAAAUCAUUGAUUGCCGAACUGGAAGCUGCUUAAAGGUGCUGACUGGUCACCGCAGAACACCUUGGGUGGUCAGGUUUCAUCCUUCGCUUCCAGACAUACUGGCUAGUGGAAGUUUGGAUCAUGAAGUGAGGUUGUGGGAUUCAAACACGGCAGAGUGUAUAGGAUCGCGUGAUUUCUUACGCCCCAUUGCUUCCAUAGCUUUCCAUGCCCAAGGCGAGCUUCUUGCUGUUGCAUCAGGUCACAAGCUAUACAUAUGGCACUACAAUAGAAGAGGAGACUUACCAACCAUAGUACUGAAGACACGACGUUCGCUUCGGGCUGUGCAUUUUCAUCCUCAUGCUGCUCCUUUCCUUUUAACUGCUGAGGUCAAUGACCUUGACUCAUCAGAUUCCUCGAUGACACUUGCAAGUUCUCCGGGAUACUUGCGCUAUCCCCCACCUACUGUGUAUUUGGCAGAUGCUCAUUCUAGUGAUCGUUCUAGUUUGGCAGAUGGACUACCUCUUAUGUCUUUACCGUUCCUGAUAUGGCCUUCAUUUGCUAGAGAUAGUGGGAGAAUAUCUAUGCAGCGUGGUGAUGUAGAUAUUGGUUCAAGUAGUGCGCAACAGAGAGUUGAUCCUUCUGCUUCGGUGCGGCUUUUAACAUAUUCAACUCCAUCAGGGCAGUAUGAACUUCUAUUGUCCCCUAUCGAACCAAAUAGCUCUUCUCCAGUGCCAGAAGACACGGGAAAUAGUCCGAUCUUGAGUGAAAUGGAAACUGAAGUUUCUCAAUCUUCAAUGGGUACUUUAGAGCCUAUGGAAGUGCAACCAGAAGGAAGAAGUAAUAAUAUAUUCCCUUUUGGUGACUCAACAUAUUGGGAACUUCCUUUCUUGCAAGGGUGGCUAAUCGGUCAGACCCAAGCUAGCCAACGGAAUAUGCGGCUGGUAAGUGAUUCUCCCCAUGACAAUCCAUCUACAAAUGGUGAGAUGGACAGCGCAGCUCCUAUUACUUCCUCAGUAAUACCGACCACUGUAAACCAACCUAGAGUUACUGGAAGAUCUAGUUCCCGGCACCGUACUUCACGUUCUCAUAUGAUGCCAACAACUGGCUCUAAUGAGGGUGCUGGAUUCAAUAAUAUUGCUAACGGUGAAAGUGAGCCUCAACCUGUUGUCAGCAGAAUUCAAUCGGAGCUUGCCAACUCCCUAGCUGCAGCAGCGGCGGCAGAGUUGCCUUGUACUGUGAAGCUCAGAGUUUGGCCACAUGAUGUGAAAGAUCCGUGUGCUCCCCUUGAUGCUGAAAGAUUGACUAUUCCGCAUGCCGUACUUUGUAGUGAAAUGGGAGCCCAUUUUUCACCUUGUGGAAGGUUUUUAGCAGCCUGUGUUGCAUGUAUGUUGCCUCAUUUGGAAGGUGAUCCUGGAUUACAGGGCCAGGCCAACCAUGAUAUCACAGGGGCAGCAACUUCCCCAACUCGGCACCCAAUCUCAGCUCACCAUGUCGUGUAUGAGCUUCGGAUUUAUUCCCUCGAAGAGGCAACGUUUGGCAUGGUUCUUGCAUCCCGUGCUAUACGAGCUGCCCACUGCUUGACAUCUAUUCAGUUCUCUCCUACGUCAGAACACAUAUUACUUGCCUAUGGCCGACGUCACAGUUCACUUCUUAAGAGUGUUGUCAUUGAUGGAGAGACAACAGUGCCUAUUUACACCAUUCUGGAGGUAUAUAGAGUUUCUGAUAUGGAACUUGUGAGAAUUCUCCCUAGUGCAGAAGAUGAGGUCAACGUAGCUUGUUUUCAUCCUUCUGUUGGAGGUGGCCUUGUUUAUGGAACUAAAGAAGGGAAGUUAAGGAUCCUCCAAUAUGAUAGUUCUCAUGCCGUGAGUCAUACAACUUCCAGUUUUCUUGAUGAAAACAUGCUAGAGGUCCCAACCUAUGCUUUAGAAUGCUAGGGACUAGCUUCCGUUGUCCACUUCUGGGAUGUACUGCUCAGCCUAGCUGGAUCAGAUCAUGGUGUACUCAUGAAGCUUGUCGCUGAAUUACACCGUAUUUUACCAAUAGAAGUUAACCCCUGUACUAUUGGACGUCCCCAAUUCGGCAUCAAAAUACAACUGUAAACUUUCUGUAUUGUUUCUCCUUUUCUUUUUAGAGUAUAUUGUUGUCUACACACUAGGGUAUCAAAUUUGACAAGCAAACUGAUAAGUUAGGUGGAGCUAAACACGUCAAGGACGAUGUUGACGAUGUUUGUAUAUGCUGGAACAUUACUGUUAGGAAUGUAAUUGAUUUUUCCUAUCUUGAACAAGGCAUUAUGUUUUUUUUUUU